AAAAACCCUAAAAGAAUUUGAAGUUAGAAUUAAGGAAUUAGAGCAGAGUAAUGAAGAUUACGCUCACAAUUCAACUAUUUUGAAGAAACGGUUAAAGCUCGGGAAGAGGAACCAAAAGUCAAGCAAGAAUCUAUUAGAAAUUUAG